AUGGGCUCAGAAAUGUUUGAUUGGUCUGAAUUCACCAAAGGAUUUACAAACCCUAGUCAUUUUAAGAGUAAUUGGCUUCCGGAAUUACUUUCUGGGCUUGCUUCAUUUAGUUCAUUUAUUAUAAUUCAUCUUUUAAGUAUUUGCUCAAGGCACAUUGCAGUUGCUUUUAAAGUCCCUGAUCAGAAUAUUGGUAUCUAUCUUAGUAAAUUGUACGGACUUCGAGCCUCUUUCAUAUUUUUAGGCUCUGCUCUUGAGUGUAUUGUCAAUUAUUAUGGAUUCCUAGAACGUGAGUGGAUGUCGUUCUUUUCAUUUUGUUUAAUCUUUUUUGUUAGAUUUGCUUUUGUAAUGUGUCUUUACGUAUCCCAAAAGCCAGCCCUCCAUGCCUAUUACAUUUUAAACCUGGAGGCAUUUUUCUUCGGUAUCUUUCAAAUGUCCUAUUUUUCACUUAUUCCAAAAUUUGCUCCAAGAGCUGCAGUAUUCUUAGAUUUUUCAUCAGUUUUUGUUGCAUUUAUGCAAUUCUUAUUUGAUCUUUGUAUGUUUGAUGAGCCUAUCAUGAUUCUUAAAUCACAGGCCUGGUUAUGUAUUCUUUUCACAUUGGUUUCAUGUGGUGGAUGGUACUAUUACCUUUUCCUUGCCGAAAAUAGGCAAUCUUAUUUAUUGGAUUGUGAUAAAGAAGAAAAGGAGGAGGAUAAUCAAUUUAAAUGUCUGAAUUUUAAAAAGUAUGAAUAUAGGAAGGAUAUGUAUAAAUUUAGGUGCCAAAAACGCUUUAGAGACCAUCUUAAAAAGGUUCGUUACCCAUUCGUUAUCCUAUUUUUAAUAUUUACAUUAAGGAAUAUUCUUUACCCGUCAAUCCUUCCGUACGGUCUUCUGAAUAGAGAUGAUUGCCACAAUAUAAAUUUGUUUAUACCUGUAGCCUUGGUAUUAGGUUCACUGACAAUUUACAUGACUCAUGGAUUUUGGACUGAAUUUAAAACACGUCCUGGAAAUUACAAUUUGUUUUUCCUUCUACUUUUUGUACCUAUGAUAAUUAUAACUAUAGUUUCAAUUUCAGCGCUUCAUUCAGAAACAUGUUUUGCAAAAUAUAUAAAGGGGUCACCAAUUCGCGUUUUAUUCCUUUUGCUUGGAUUGUUGUACUGUUCUAAUGUUAUGCAGUCACUUAGUUAUGUCGCAGUUGCAAAUUAUGUUUACUACCAAUCAAAGUGCAGUCCAACAAAGCUUAGUGUCCUGGCAUUGCACAAUCUGGUGGCAAGUGUUUGCCGCUACUUUACAUAUAAAAUAGGAGUGGGUUACGCAUGCUGUAGAGUAGAAAACGCAUAUGCAAUGACAGUUUUCCAUCCGACAUAUAGAAUGAAUAAUAUUGAAGCAACAUAUUACUGGGUCACAGCUUCAUGUAAACGGGCAUACAAGGACGUGUUUAAUGACUUUAAUCUAAAUAUUCAGGAAUAUAUUUAAUGUUUUGCACAUGUUUA